AAUUUCAUCGCUUCUGCAGUUCUGCUGCACCAUAUCUUCUCUGAACAAGAUAGCGUCUUCCAAUAUUUACACCAAAAAAGUUUAAAAAAAAGUUCCAGCCUAUUGUUUGUUUGCUAUUGUUAGAUGAGAAAAGUGUAGAUCCUGAACUAAUUUUAUUCAGUUGUUAAACCAGAUAGAAAUCCGAUAUCAGAGUGAAAAGAAGAUACCGGAAUGCAGGUCCCCGACUUACCCAUGAAGAAAAGAAAAAUAAUGGACAUCCCCUCCAGCAGUAACACUAGUUCCUCUGAUUUUGCUUUAUACGACUAUCUGCAAUCGCAUUGUAUCUCCUCCAGCACUAGUGCUAGUUGCUUUGAUCUCGCUUUAGAUUGUCUUGCCAGGGUGUUUCCAGGGUGUUUUGCUUUCAGGGAAGUCGAGUACCUGAAGAAUAAGGUAAGAUUAUUGAAAACCUUUUUUCUGUAUGUCAAAAUGUGUAGGAGGAGGAGGAACCAUGAAGCGCUUUUGGAGCAUGAUCAGGAGCACAAAGAUAAUACUAUAUCUUGCUUCAGAAUUCAAGAUGUGGUUAUCAGGAUGGUUCAUGAUCUUCAGUCUGCUUAUCUUCUAUACAAACAUUCUGGUGAGUCAGACUUUGACAUCUUAAUAAGUGCGGCAACCAGAUCCCGGGAAAAUAUCAUAUUUUUUCUGGAGACAGAUGUCAAGAAAUCAUGCAGCACCAUCUUCUUCGACUGUUACUCAUGGGCAGAUCCACGACUAGUUAUGGAUCUUAUUGUGUCCCUUUCACAGACUCUGGAGGACUUUUUUUCCAAGGAGCCAACGGAUAUCAUUAGACACAAGCUAAUGCUCUUAAGGAAUCUCAUUGGCUUUGUGACAAUGCGAGGUGUUGAGUGUAAGCAAUUGACAGAUCCCUUGAGUCAAGUUGCAAUUGUGGCUGCACGCCUAUUUUCUGUAUGUCAGCUUGACAGAUAUGAUAAACAAGUGGUUAAUCGAAUGAAAUCCGAAAUUUCUCAGCUGAUACAUGAGAAGAUAAAUCCUCUUGAUACUCAAGUCCGAGAAGCAUACAUAGAUGUCCUGACAGCUUCAAAGAAACAAUCAAGAUCAUCAUGUGCUUUAGCCCUUGAGGAGAAUGAGUGUCCAGUUGUAGUUCAAUUUGUUGAGUCUCUCCACCAUUAUCUUAUGGAUCUACUGGGAUACCAUGCCAGUUUUCAGGUUCCAGUUAAGGAUCAUAUUCUAAAACUCCAUCAGGGAAUAAGGUACUUGAGUACCCUUCUCAAGCAAGAGGAGAAACUAGAUGAUGAAAUGAAGGAUCUUCUUGGACUUGCAGUCUGUGAUGCAGGAAUUCUGAUCUUCUCCCUUUCUGUCAAUGAAAUCAAAGAAGGCUUGCCCAGGGAAACAUAUCUUAGGCUGUUUCAUUUGCACAAAGUUCUCAAGUAUAUGAUGGCAGAUCUUGCACACAAUUAUCUGGUAACAUCACCAUAUUCAUCAUUUAGUUAUCGUAGAUCCAAUGAGUUGGGCUGUAUGGAUUUUUUCCUAGAAGAUCUCCAGGAACUAGCAAGGUGUGAUGAGGCUGAUGAUUCAAAUGUUGUCCGAUUGGAUAGAAUCCAACUGGUCCACAAAGAUCUCGUAUUCUUAAGAUCUGUCCUUGAGAAUAUCAAGGAGCAGCGCUUUCAGAAUGGAAAACUCCAAGCUUUCUGGAGUUAUGUUAUGGAGGUUGUAUAUAAGGCAGAGUUAUUGAUUGACUCGACACUUGUUGGUGAUAAAUGUGAAGAUUCUUUGGAUGCUAUUGGUAGAGAUAUCAAUCUUCUGAAGAUUGAAGCCCUGGAGAUCCAUAAUGGUCAAACCCAGAGAGUUAACAAGAAUUCCAUUCUCAUACCGUCACAACUUGCUGCCGCCAUACACAAUGAGGAUCUCGUGGGUCUCGACGACAAGGUGAAAACUAUCAUUGAUCAACUUACGAGAGGAUUAAAGCAGUUGGAUGUUGUUCCCAUUGUGGGUAUGCCUGGGCUUGGUAAGACCACAUUAGCCAAUAAAGUUUAUAUUGCUUCUUCAGUUAGGUCAUAUUUCCAUGUUCGUGGCUGGUGUUGUGUUUCUCAAACAUAUAGCAAGCACAGUUUGUUUGUUCAACUUUUGUGUAGUAUUCAUUCUAAGAGUCCAAACGAAUAUCUUAAGAUGGAUGAAAAUGAUUUGGUUCAGAAGCUAAAGCAAGUUUUGCUGAGAACUAGGUAUCUCCUCAUUUUGGAUGACUUGUGGGAUGUUGAGGCAUGGAAUUUGUUGGAAAACUCAUUGCCGAAUGAUGUCAAUGGAAGCAGGAUUCUUUUCACCAGCAGAUUCCAGGAUUUGUCUUUGCAAUUUAAACCUGGUAGCAAGCCUUACCAUCUCUGCCAACUUACUGAUGAAGAGAGUUGGGCCUUGCUACAAAAAAAGCUAUUUGACAAAGAAGGUUGUCCUCCAAAACUAAGUGAAGUUGGAUAUCAAAUAGCAAAAUUUUGUAGGGGCUUACCCCUCACAGUUGUCCUUGUUGCUGGAAUUCUUGCUACUAUUGCACAAGAUAGCUGGGAAGAAGUUGCAAAAAGUCUAAGUUCUAUUGUCCUUCAUGAUGAAUACUGCAUGAAGACACUUGAGCUGAGUUAUAGUCAUUUACCAGAUUAUUUGAAGCCAUGCCUUCUAUACUUUGCUGCAUUUCAAGAAGAUGAGGUUAUUGAUGUCCGAAGGUUGUUAUGGCUUUGGAUCUCUGAAGGAUUCGUGCAACAGACUGAAGGAAAGAGCUUAGAGGAAGCGGCUUACAACUACUUGAUGGGUUAAAUUAAUAGAAGUUUAGUUGUGGCUAACAAAAAAGGAGCCAUGAAUGGUGCCAAAACCUGCCAACUUCAUGAUUUGGUAUACGAGUUUUGUGUGAAAAAAGCCGAAGAAGAAUGUUUUCUACAUAUUAUUCAUAGUUGGAAAGACCCUUUUGGUCUUACUGGACCAAGCAACCCCCACCGAGUUUGUGUUCAUGAUACCAGGGAAUUGAAGAUUUGGGAGUUAAUGCUACUUUUUCCCAAUUUACGCUGUUUGCUCUUGUUUGGAAAUGAUUAUUUUGGACCUCAAGAGGAGGAUGGGGGGAUUUUGUUUCCUAAACUUCUUAGAGUGUUGGAUUCGGGGGGUUUGAUCAUUGGAAAAUCAUUUCUGAUGGAAGUAGUAUUACUUGUUCACUUGAGAUACCUGGUGCUCAGUGGAAUACGAUCCAUCCCAUCUGCAAUAGACAACCUCUCAAGGUUGAAAACUCUUAUCGUACAAGAGGUGGAUUUUGUUGUUAAGCUGCCGGAUACUAUUUGGAACAUUAAGACGUUGAGUUAUCUACGUACUAUGAAUUUGAGUCCUGGUUUCAUUUUUCCAGAUGGAAAUCUUGAAGUAUCCCCAGAUUUAGAUCAUUUAGAAACUUUAAGCCUUGCAAUUGAUCCCUCCGCCCAAUGCUUGCAAAGGAUACUGAAAAGGUUACCAAGCAUCCGUUGGCUAAAAUGUUGGAGAUCAUCUGGUUUACAAGCAUGUGCCAGAAAUAGGGACAAGAUUCUUGUGUUUAACUGCUUGAAACUAGAAUCACUUCAUUUGGAGAAUUUUCAAAACUAUCGAUUUGAAUUUCCGUUGAAUUUGAAGAAGUUGGUUCUCGAAGGGAAUAGACAGCCAUGGAGUGAAAUUUCAACAAUUGGAAAGUUGCCUCAUCUUGAAGUGCUUAAAUUACUCGAUGACUCCUUUAUUGGGGAAGAAUGGGAAAUGAAAGAAGGGGAGUUCCCUAGCCUCCGCGUCUUGAAAUUGUCAGACUUGGGCAUUCGCAGAUGGACCGCAUCUUCUGGUAAUUUUUCUCAUCUUGAGAAAUUGGUUGUGGACAAUUGUGAUGAGCUGGAAGAGGUCCCUUCUUGUUUAGGGGAAUGUCCGACUCUUGAAACGAUUGAGGUGACAGAUUGUCCUGAGUCUGUUGCAAACUCUGUAAACCAAAUUCGGCAAGAGCAGCUGGAUAUGGGAAAUGCGAUUCUAAAAAUCGUAAUUGAAAAUCCCUCAGAAGAAGAGUCGAAUUCGCAAGAAGCAGAGGAGAUUUCCUCAGAAACAGAGUCCUUUGAUUCGGGUGAGAGUGAAUAAUAUAAAGUGGGAUUCGACUCAUCAGAACAAGUUUCCUUGGAAGAAGAGCCCAUUUCUUCUCACCACACUAGAAAAUGGUGAAGACUGAGAGAUUUCCCUUCCUGUUUAGGUGAAUAUCGUGGGCCUGUUAUAAGUUCUAUGAAGCAAAUUCUACAAUUUCGCAGAAGAAGAGUCAGUUCACUCAGAAGCAGAGUCCUAUGCCAUAAUUAUUCAUGUUUCUCAUAACAGUCUGUUUCAGCAUACGUCUUUUCAGGUUCUUUUCUCAUUCGAGGUUCAAUAUGUUUGUAUCUCAUCAUGCCAAUUUGAUGAAUAUUCUUUGAUGCAGCUGAGAUCGAUGUGAUGCUUAAAUGUUCAAACCAGCAGAGUAAUACAUAUAAUUGUAACC